AUGACGCCGGUGGGAAGGGCCUUGGGCAGUCUGAAGCACUUGGAAUCGCUGGAUGGCUUGCGCUAUUUGGCCUCCCUCCAGGCCAAAGGAAUCCGAAGGAAUUCGAAGGAAUACGAGGGGAGUGUGUGUCAGGGAGGAGGUGGCUGUGGUGAUGUGGCGGAGUCGGCCGAGCUGGGUGAGCCGGGUGAUGAGAUUUUCAGAUUCCCCUCCCAGUGCCAGCCGCUGGAGACCACUGUGGCUUUGAGUCAUUUGAACUUUCUCUGGCAUCCCUUGGUUUGGGCGGCCAUGUGGACUCAAUUCUUCUUCCUCCUAAGUGGCUUCGUCCUCGCCUAUGCAGAGAUGAUGCGACCAGCAGGGCAGCAGGAACUCUCAGUGCUGCGAUACACCUUGCGGCGCCUGCGGAACCUCUACCCACCCUACCUGGCGAUUCUUCUCAUCUCGAUGGUGCAAUGGUCCCACAGCGACUUCGAGUGGCACACGGUGAUUUUCAAUUUGCUUCUCUUGCAGGCAUGGUUCCCCCUGAUCGAUCGACAGAUGCAUCCUCCCCGCCCGAUCGCCGUGUCUUGGGUGGCGGUCGCGUGGUUCUUGAGUGCCCUGAUGCUCUAUUGGCAGCUGCUGCGGCCUGCGGCCCGGCUGGCCCGGAAGAUGAGCAUGAGAGUGGCACUGGUAUCUCUGUUUGGUUUGUGGCUAUGUACGAUCCUGAUCCUUCUGGCUUGGUCCCUAGGUGGAGUCCAUGAUUCAGACUUCAUGCUGGCAAUCUUGAAGUUUGGCCCGUUAGGCUAUAUUCACGUCUUCCUCAGUGGCGUGGUCCUAGCACGUGUUUUCGUGCUGUUGGUCUGUGUGGAUGCAGCGACUGGGGACACGCCCGACGCGGAGACGGAGGACUUUGAGCUGAGCACAGGCCAGCUGCCAUGGAUCCUGGAGUUUGGAAGCUGCCUCGCCCUGGUGAUCUAUGUGCUCAUCGUGAUGCUGCGUUUGGAUCCCUGGAAAGCCACCGGGUUUUACGCCUUUUGCCACAACGGAGGAAUCUUGCCGAUCAUGUGCCUGCUGCUGCUGGCUUGCGCCACCGAGGAGGAUGCCAUGGUGCCGUUGCUCACGUCGCGCGUGGGCAAGAUGCUGGGGCGGAUCUCCUACUGCCAAUAUUUGGUGCAGACGAACCUGGAACAAGCGGUGAGGCCUUGGCUGGAUCUGGCAGUGCAGCAUGGCAUUGGCCUGUGGGUCGGCCUGCCGGUGUAUUUGCUCACCUUGGUCUUCACCGCCUACGUCUUUGAGGCCUUGGUGUCUGCCCUGGUCCGAAGGGCCCAGGACGGGAAACCGGGUUCGCCAGAGGGAGGCGCCGCAUGUUCACGAUCGUCGCAGAACUUUGCGCAUGGAAAAGCACGGCAGGACCUCGCCACAGCAGCUGUGGAGAAGUGUGAGGGCUCCUCCAUUGAGAGAUGUUACAAGCGUCUCGUGGCCAAGUGCCCUUUUCCUGCUUCUUGGUUCUUCACAGUGAAGACCGAGGAGGCCCGAACUCCGCCGCGGGGUCGAGCUGAGCAGAGGAAACCGGUCGAAAGCCCUCCGGUGGCGGCCUUUCCACCGCCGCGCUGCGUCGGCGUCCGCGUCCCGCGGGGCACACCGCGCUUUGCACCCGCGAGUCGUCCGGUGGACGCAGACCGGGUGGACACAGCAUGCCAGCUUGGCAGACAGUGUCGAGACCUGAGUGAGCUCUGCAAAGAGGCCGCCGCCGCAGAGGUGGCGACGCUGAUCCAGCGGGUGGCGAGCUCCGGCAGCGACCGGAGCGGAGCGGCGCGUGAGGUGGCGCAACUCCUGCUCUCCGACGACGCCAGCGCACGCGCCGCUCCGGCGGCUCCGCCCUACCUGCGUCGUUGGCACCUCCUGCGCCGUGGGCGACGCCAGCUGCGCGCGCUCCGCCAGGCGCGGCGUGUGCUGGCGCUGCGCGACGAGCUGCGGCUGAUGGCCGCGUGGGGCGCUUGGCGCCGACGGACGGAGGUGAGAAGGAUGGUGCGAUCCAUGGACUGUGAAACUCGCGUGAGUCUACAGAGUCCACGGAGGGAGCGUGAACGCGAACUGCCGCAGCACGAGGAGAAGAAGUUGGAGGAGAAGCGCAUGCUGACGCAAGUUCUGCUACAUUGGAGCCUUGUCACCUUCCGCGCAUCUCGAGUGAGGCAAGCCGAGUGGAAUCGCAGGAGGAUGCGUCCCGGGCUCUUGGCUGUGCUCGGGCGUGGCGAGGCGGCGUAUCGACUGGUCCUCCUCUUCGCUUCCCUGCACGCCUGGUCGGAACAUGCGGCGGCCGAACCAAAGCCACUUUGGCCAGGUGGUGUGCCACAGGUUUUAGCGCAGACGCGCCCAGCACCACCUGCCACCCCGCCCUCCGCACCACGCCCGCGGCUGCGCUUGUGCCGCGCAGCUCAGCUGAGCUGCUUCUUUGGUGCUUGGAGCCGCCUCGUCUUCCAGCAGCGCGCGCAGCUCGCGCAGCAGCGCUCGGCGCAGGACCGGGCCGAGCUGUUGCGGGUCCAGAUGCGCUUCGCCCUAUCUCGGGAGCUCUGUGCCGAGAGGUGCCGGUCGCGUCGCCAAUGGGACAGGAUCUGCCUGCUAACCAGCUGA